AUGCCCAUCUACUCCAACCUCUACACGAAUUUCAUCCGCCAAGGAUCUCAAUUCGCAAAGUCCAUCACCUCUCACGGUUACGCGCAGUCCGUUGUAGCCGCCACUCACCCUCAUGUUCUAAACAGCCAGAACCGCCCCGUCUUUGCGCGGAGGCACGCCAACCGACAGGGCCGUUUUGCCACCUUUCAGCUCACUUCGGCUUUUCACAGUGAACGCACCACCGCCAGUCUCGCCGACCAUCGCCUCGCCUUCAACCAUGGCGGUCUCGAUGCCUACUUCGAGGCCUUGAAGAAGAAGGAGGCCGCUGGUCAAGUCGAAAAUGAAGACUGGGAACAGUAUGAGUUUCCCAAGCUCCUCGAGUGGAAGCCCGACGCCGACUCCGUCCUUACCAGCGAAGAUGCCCUCGUCCAAGCUAGCGAGCAGGAUGUCAACGCGCAGGCAGAGACUAUUGCCCGGCCUAUGACCCCCGAGGAAGCUGCUGCCCUUGCGCAUAUCGAUGCUGCUCUUGAGCGAGAGAUCGAAGCCCGUCUAUCUCGUGACGAUGACCAAGUUGCCUCAGUACACUCACGCGCCGCCACUCCCGCUCGCAAUUCUCGCGCCGCCACUCCCGUCGACCCCCAGUCGCAGUCAUACUCCGACCACCUGCUCAAGCUCUCCUCCGCCUGUCGUUAUGCUGAGAUUCCUGCCGUCUUCGAGGCCAUGCUGGCCACCGGCGUCAAGCCCAUCGCAGGCGCCUACAAUGCGCUAUUGCUUGCCGCUAUCCACAUUCCCGCCAAGAAGACCGAAGUUGUCUCCAAGGCUCUCGAUGUCUAUGCCGAUAUGCUCCGCCGCCGUGUCACUCCUGACAGUCAGACAUUCGACAUUCUCGUUAGCUUGCUGGCCUCCCGAUGUCUCGAAGUUGCCACGAUGAAAGCUGUCCUUGAGGAGAAGCGUCUGCGAUUUGGCGGAAUGGAAGAGCCUGGCAAGUUCAUGCUUGCUUCUCACGAGUUUGAGCAUGCUAUCCUUUGUGAGGAUGAUAGACUUGACCUCGCCAUCAAGCUGUUCGAUACCUCUAAUGACGCCGGAACUGCCAACUUCUCUUCAAACACCUAUUCGCAGCUCAUUUCUGCUUGCGCUGCGGCUGGCCGUGUCUCGGAUAUGCUUCGUCUCUUUGCCCAUAUGGAGGAUACUCGCACCAUGCCUCACGCCGAAGUCUUUCCCACCAUGAUCACUGCCUAUGCCACAGCUGGCGAUCUCAUCAGUGCUGUUGAGUGUUACAAUGAGUAUCGCAACCUUGCUGUUGCUAACGAUGCCGGUACUCUUACCAUGAACGACCGCAUGGACGCACAAGUAUACGCUUCCGUCAUCAACGCUUACGUUAUUUCGGACAAGAUUGAGGGUGCCAUGAAGUUUUUCAAGAAGAUUGUAGACGAGUAUGGUGUCAAGGUUGCCGAUAUCAAGGAUGCACUGAUCAGCACUGGAUUCGUCAAGGGCUUCAUCUCUCGCGGUAUUCUUGACGAGGCGCUCUACUGGGCUCAAUCUAUCGAGGCCCAGGUCCGUCCUCAAGCCCUUGCUCGUGUCGCCAUCGAAGCCGCCGACAAAAACGACGUGGCCACGGCAAGGGAGGCCUACAACGGCAUCACCGGCCCUCUCGAUGUCCUCCAGACGCCUGCCAUGGCCAUGCUCGCCAUGAGUGUUCGUGAAGGCGAUGUUGCUUCUGCUACCAAGUACUGGCAUGUGCUCAGUAACCCAGAGAUGCGCGUUACUUCCGCUUUUAUCGAACCUGCCACCAUGUACGCCGUCGCCUUGAUUGGUUCCGGCCAGGUUGCCGAGGGUCUCGCUCAAUCCGAAAUGAUGUUCCAGAGAAUUUGUGCCUCUGAAUCUGGAGCGCGCACUGAGCUUGUCGAGGAGGUUGAGGAAGGUGUUGACUUCAUCGCUCGCUACAUGGAGAGCCGUGGCAUUGCCGAUCCUCGUGAGCUGGCCUCGCACGCUUCAAGUGCUCCUCAACAGGCCAUGAGCGCAUCCCCUUUCACGUCCACGCCCUCGGUUUCAUCUUUUGAGGACAGCUUCGACCCUUAUGCGCACAACACCGAUUUCAAGGGCUCGUCUCUGAUCGCCGACGAUCUAGAGGGCAGUCACGGUCGCAAGGGUCCACGCCUGAGUGACGCACUGAACCGCUUUCGCAACAUGCGCCGUGCUGGCCGCCAUCCCCGAUACAUUACCUACGCUAAGCUGAUUUCGGCUGCUGCUAGAGAGGGCAAGAUGGAUCUAUGUCAUGAUAUUCUUGGCAUGGCCCGCACCGAUGUUCCUCUGCUCCCUCAGUAUGCUGUCGUUCGCUACGGCUGGUCUUCUAUUCUGGAUGCCAUGGUCGGUGCCUGCCUGACUGUUGGCAACCGCGGUCGUGCUGAGCAGUACCAUCAGGAGCUGCUAGAAAUGGGCGCCUCCCCCUCUGCCAACACCUUUGGUCUGUACAUCACUACGCUCAAGGAUUCCACCAAGACUUUCGACGAGGCUUCUGAAGCUGUUCGCAUUUUCCACCGCGCCAAGGCCGAGGGUGUUGAGCCUAGCUCGUUCUUGUACAAUGCUCUGAUUGGCAAGCUCGGCAAGGCUCGCCGCAUCGACGACUGUCUGUUCUACUUUGCUGAGAUGCGCGCUCUUGGCAUCAAGCCUACGUCCGUCACCUAUGGUACCAUUGUCAACGCUCUGUGUCGUGUCAGCGACGAGAAGUUUGCGGAGGAGCUCUUUGACGAAAUGGAGUCGAUGCCCAACUAUAAGGCUCGCCCUGCUCCCUACAACAGCAUGAUGCAGUUUUUCCUCACUACCAAGAGAGACAAGGCCAAGGUUCUCGCUUACUACGAGCGCAUGAAGGCCAAGAGUAUUGCUCCCACUUCGCAUACUUACAAGCUGCUGAUCGAUACGCACGCCACCCUCGAGCCCGUUGACCUUGCUGCUGCUGAGGAGGUCAUGGAGCAGAUGACUGCUGCUGGUCAGCAGCCCGAAUCUGUUCACUAUGCCUCUCUUAUCCACGCCAAGGGUUGUGCUCUGCAUGAUCUGGACGGCGCUCGCAAGAUCUUUGACUCUGUUGCCGAGAAGAGGUCUGUACCGGCCAACGCCAGCCUCUAUCAGGCCAUGUUCGAGGGAAUGGUUGCCAACCACAAUGUGGCCGAUACUGAGCCUCUGCUUGCCCAGAUGCGCCAGCGUCGGGUUGAGCUUACCCCCUACAUCGCCAAUACUUUGAUUCACGGCUGGGCUGCGGAGAAGAAUCUCUCCAAGGCUCAGGCCAUUUAUGAUGCUGUGCCUCGAGAGAAGCGAGAGCCUAGCACGUACGAGUCCAUGACGCGGGCCUUCCUCGCCAUGGAGCAGCGUGACGAAGCCAAUUCUGUCGUCAGCGAGAUGCUCACCCGCGGCUACCCCAGCGCUGUUGUCAACAAGGUGCUGGAGCUACUGGGUGGCGGCCAGGAACAUGCUCAGCUAUAA